UAAUGCUGCGUAGUGUGAGAACAGACAGGAAUAUAAAGAGGGAAAGGCUUCAGCAGGAGAAGAAAAAAGUUUCAGAUAUACAGCGGAGUAACCAGCAGCAUUCACCAUGUCAUUAGAUCAGUACAAGGAUUCCCCUCGACCUGAACUGUUUGAUUUCCAUGGAGUUCCAAUGUCCCACUUUUUCACAGACAACUGGGAGAACAUCCAAAACUUUCAGGCCAGGCCCGAUGAUAUACUUAUUGCAACAUACCCCAAAGCAGGAACCACCUGGGCCUCCUACAUUCUGGACCUGCUGUAUUUUGGUCAGCAAGAGCGCCAGACAUCCGUCCCAAUCUAUGACAGGGUGCCUUUCUUGGAGGCUUUCUUCCCGCCUCAUCAUUCAGGAAAAGAUCGCGCAGACAACCUCCCCACAUCUCCUCGACUCAUCAAAACUCACUUUCCAGUCCAGUUUGUGCCUAAAUCCUUUUGGGAACAAAACUGCAGGAUAGUCUACGUUGCCCGCAAUGCCAAAGACAACAUGGUGUCUUAUUUUCACUUUGACCGCAUGAACCUAGCUCAGCCAGAGCCUGGAGAAUGGAGCAACUUCUUCCAGAGAUUCAUGGAGGGAAAGAUGGUGUUUGGAUCGUGGUACGACCAUGUGAACGACUGGUGGAAAAAGAAAGAGAGUUAUCCAAAAAUCCAUUACAUGUUCUAUGAAGACAUGAUUGAGGAUACUGGACAGGAGAUAGACAAACUCUGCAGCUUUCUUGGUUUGUCUCCUUCUGCAGAGGACAAGAUGAAGGUUACAGGGGGGGUGCAGUUUGACAAUAUGAAAAAGGACGACAUGGCAAACUAUUCUACGAACCCAGUUAUGGAUUUCAAGAUUUCUCCUUUCAUGAGAAAAGGGAAAGUUGGUGACUGGAAGAACCAUUUCACUGUGGCCCAGAGUGAACAAUUUGAUGAAGACUACAAGAAAAAGAUGAAGGAUGCGACACUUCAGUUCCGCACCGAAGUGUGAACAGAACUGGACGGGCUGUGUCAAGCCCUUGGGUAUUUUUGCAGUUUCCCCGCUUGAAAGGGAUGGUACAGUCCAUAUAGGAGGUUUUCACUGGGUUUCACUCAUACAAUGACCACAACUUUGUUUUCUUUUGAGUUCUUCUUUACUUUAGUUUUUGUUGUUUGCAGUACAGCGUAAGGUUGUAAGGUGAAAAACCUUAAAUGAAAAAUAAAAAUAAUUACUGUAAAUACAAUGCACAUGAAAUAAUAAAUGCAAAAAUACAUGCUUUACAUAUAUUUUUUAACACUUGUGAAUAUUGUUUUUCCUUUUAGUGUAUUUUUACGAAUUAUGUUUUUAAACAGUUUUUAACUUAUGCAGUCUCAUUAAAAAUGCAAAUAUAAUAGACUGAAUUUUUAGCAGCAUUCAAACCGUUUCUAUCAAACCACAUCUCUCAAUAAACAAAUCACAUUAGUUCCACACAGUUCGUUUCUCACCGGCCGCCUCUCCAGCUUUUUAUGGCUGCACCAGUGCUGCUUCUUUGUAGUUUUCUUCUGCUGGUUUGUUGCUGCUGCUGGACGCACGCUUUUUAGUUUGUCCCUCUCCAGCUUUGAAUUACCGCCCUCCUUUCAGGUGUGGUGCUUUUAAAGCUGCAGCGACGCUGAUUAGCAAUUAGGGACUGAUUUCAGACAGCUGCCACUCUGUCAAUCAGCCCGACUUUUUAAACCCUUUGCUCUCCUGUGGAUUCUCCAAGUUGACUUCACAAUGACUGACUGGGCAUGAGUCUUCUCUGUGAGACAAUCAAAAUAUAUGUACUCUUAUAGUAGAACCGUAGAAUCUAUGAUUAUUAUACAUGAGGCUUUACAAAUCUCCAGGAUUAUUAUUACAUGAUAAAGAGCCUCACAUUUAUCAUUAUUAAUCACAAAGCCCUAACAGAAUAACCAUAAAAGAACAUUAAAAAAAUACUAUAGCACAUGUUAAAGAAAGUAAUGUUCAAAUUGAAGUUAUUGUUCUCAUUGUCCAUUUGUCCUUUCUGCAGAAGUGGGAUAACUGUAUUGCUUUGUAUAUGAUAUUUGUAUAUUUGUAAUUAAACAACAGCUCCUUCAUGUGG